ACUUCACUGUAUUGCAGUUUGAUAACUAAUUCCUCCACAGUGUCGAUGACUCAGCCCGGGGAACUACAGUCGGCAAGGAAGUCGUAGGCGUGUCGCCAAUGCAACACAGUGUGUGUACUGUGCUGGAUGAGUGAACAAUUGCUACGGCAUGUCAGUGUUGUUUACGUUUUCGUCCAUUGUGCUCUUGGCGUCUUCGUCAAAUGUUCUAGGUGACGAGCCUUGUUGGAAAUCCGAACAAGACUUCCUGGAUGACGCACCACCAGAUGUCAUAUGUAGGGGGAACCUGAGAUGCUGCGGCCUGGACAACAUACAGUGCUGUCCUUUAGGAUCGCCUCUAGCCGAUUCCUCCCCUCAGACACUACUUCCCAGAGUUCCUGCACUAGUAGCUGUCUUCUACAUGGUCUUGAUCACCCUCAUCCUCUGGAUUCUCUGUAGGGCCAUCCUUUCGUGCCUUAGGAACCAGGACGACAUUGAAGAGACGCCCUUCGUGUUAGCAGUUUCAGAUGACGACAGUAAGGUGUAUCUGAAGAAACGAAGGCUCUCAAAAGAUAGCCCGGUCUACAGCUUUACAUUUCCCUGAGAUAAGAUCGCUAUGAAGUGCCAAACCAUAAUGCAAAGAUUGAUCUACGCCGUUUCCUCAAUUUAGAUAGCAACACACUUGUAUUGCGAUAGCUGUUAUAAAAUUACAAACUAAGUUUUCAAAUUUGGUCUGUAAAAAGAUAUUUUUGGUUUUGUAAUUAAUUGUGUCAGUAUUUGUAAAUAUAUAGUUAUUUAAGUUAG